AUUGUUUGUCUAGGCCUUGGCCCUGCGGGGCGGGAGAUCCUGCCGGUUUUUCUGUGAGAGGAAAUGGCUCCCCCGCCCCACGUCCGCUUCAUCUUUCUCCACCGCCAGUUCCUUGGCGUCAGCUUUCUGGCCUGGGUGCGGCCCCCGGGGAGGCGGACAGAUGCGGGAAGCGGCCCGGGCUCUCAACUGGAGCCGGCUGCGUAGGGUGGCGGAUGGGAAAGAGGGCGAGGAGGGUCUGCGCCGGUAUGCACAGAGUCUAAGGGCGGAUGGAUGGAUGGAUGGGGGGCGCGAUAGGAGGGCCAGGGCGGCGCCGUGUGGAUUCUGCGCUGUGAGUCCGGUUCUUGCCGGGUGGGAGGGAGGCGGGUGAGUGCGUGUGUGUGAUUCUCGGGAACUGCGUUUAUGGUAGGCCCACGGCGACAUCCCCUGCCCUCCCCCCACCCCCGCAAGCAGCCGUGACACAGGUUGGGGGCGGAAGGGAUCCUGCUCUCGGUCGCCCCCGGGCCUGCCUCCAGAGCCCCUGCCGUGGGGACCGUAGCACGGGCACAAGGUGCUACGUUCUGGGGCGGGUGGGUGGAAGUGAUUUUGGGGGUGCCUAGAGAAGAGACGUGGGGAAGGAAGCAGAAAAGCUAGGGAGUGUGUGCCCUUUCUCGGGCAGAUUCAGGUAGAGGCCGCAUCGGAGUGUCUGCGACGCGCUGCGGCAUAAAAUACUGAUUUUGGAUGCGCACCUCUGGGAUCUUUAGAGAACUACAAUUGGAAACAUUCCCAGCCCCUUGACGAUUAAAGCAGUCAUCCAAGUGCAGCCACUGCUUGAGAGAUGUUUCAAGAAAAUCUACCUCACAAAUUGCAUUUGUUCGCCCAUGUGCUGCACCACUGGAAAUCCCAACAGGAGCUUGGCAGUCAUUCUUGAAAGUCUCAGGAAAACAUAUGGACACUAAGUAUUGUGCCCUGGGAGUGGGUCAAAAUUAGAAGCAUUCUUUACUCAACCAUCAAAUCAACCAUUGUUAAUUGCCCUAUUAAAGUUUGUAAAGUCUUCAAACAAUAUCCCCUGUAAUUUCUUCUGAGUUCUUAAAGAAAUGGUUGCUUGACCUCUUUCCUGCCAAAAUAAAGUGGCUUCUCUAUUCUGGUCCUGGAAAUAUUAAUGGAAUGCAGUCAUGGCUACCCAGGAAGAAAGGCAGAUCAAUACGGAAUAUGCUGUAUCCUUACUGGAGCAAUUAAAGUUGUUCUACGAACAGCAGUUGCUAACAGACAUAGUUUUAAUUGUUGAGGGCACUGAGUUCCCAUGCCAUAAGAUGGUUCUUGCUACAUGUAGCUCUUACUUCAGGGCUAUGUUCAUGAGCGGGUUGAGUGAAAGCAAGCAAACGCAUAUCCAUCUGAGGAAUGUGGAUGCAGCAACUUUACAAAUCAUAAUAACUUAUGCUUACACAGGUAACUUGUCAAUAAAUGACACUACAGUCGAACAGCUUUAUGAAACAGCUUGCUUCUUACAGGUAGAAGAUGUAUUACAGCGAUGUAGAGAAUACUUAAUUAAAAAAAUUAAUGCAGAGAACUGUGUACGGCUCUUGAGUUUCGCUGAUCUCUUCAGCUGUGAAGAGCUGAAACAGAGUGCGAAGAGGAUGGUGGAACACAAGUUCACAGCUGUAUACCACCAGGAUGCUUUCAUGCAGCUGUCCCAUGAUCUAUUGAUAGAUAUUUUGAGCAGUGACAAUUUAAAUGUGGAAAAGGAAGAAACCGUUCGUGAAGCUGCUAUGUUAUGGCUGGAGUAUAACACAGAAUCUCGAUCACAGUAUUUGUCAUCUGUUCUUAGCCAAAUAAGAAUUGAUGCGCUUUCCGAGGUUACGCAAAGAGCUUGGUUUCAAGGCUUACCACCAAAUGACAAAUCUGUAGUGGUUCAAGGAUUGUAUAAAUCUAUGCCGAAGUUUUUUAAGCCAAGGCUUGGAAUGACUAAGGAGGAGAUGAUGAUCUUUAUUGAAGCUGCUGCUGAAAGCCCUGGUAGUCUUUACUCUUCAGUUUGCUACAGUCCCCAGGCUGAAAAAGUUUACAAGCUCUGCAGCCCUCCUGCUGACUUGCAUAAGGUUGGGACGCUUGUAACUCCUGAUAAUGAUAUUUAUAUAGCAGGUGGGCAAAUCCCGCUGAAAAACACAAAACCCAACCACAAUAAAACUAGCAAACUUCAGGUUGCUUUCCGAAUUGUGAAUUGCUUUUAUUGGUUUGAUGCCCAACAAAACACUUGGUUUCCAAAGAGUCCAAUGCUGUUUGUUCGUAUAAAGCCAUCCCUGGUUUGUUGUGAAGGCCACAUCUAUGCAAUUGGAGGAGACAGUGUAGGUGGAGAACUCAACAGGAGAACUGUGGAAAGGUAUGAUACCGAGAGAGACGAAUGGACCAUGGUAAGCCCGUUGCCCUGUGCAUGGCACUGGAGUACAGCAGUUGCUCUUCAUAACUGCAUUUACGUGAUGGCACACAAUUUGAUGUACUGCUACUUCCCCAGGUCAGAUGCUUGGGUUGAAAUGGCUAUGAGACAAACUAGCAGAUGUUUUGCUUCAGCUACUGCCUUUGGAGACAAAAUAUUUUAUAUAGGAGGCUUGCAUGUUGGCAACAACACUGGUAUAAGAAUCCCAACCAGCACUCUAGAUGGGUCUUCGGUAACCGUGGAAGUCUAUGAUGUAAAUAAAAACGAAUGGCGCACAGCAGCCAAUAUCCCUGCCAAGCGUUAUUCUGACCCCUGUGUCAGAGCUGUUGUGAUUUCCAACUCUCUAUGUGUCUUCAUACGAGAAACCCACAUGAAUGAGAGAGCCAAGUAUGCCACCUACCAAUAUGAUAUGGACCUUGACCGGUGGUUCUUGCGGCAGCAUAUAUCUGAGCGGGUGCUCUGGGAUUUGGGGAAAGACUUUAGGUGCACUGUGGGAAAACUCUAUCCAUCUUGCCUUGAAGAGUCCCCAUGGAAGCCUCCACCGUAUCUUUUCCCACCAGAUGGAGCUGAUGAGUUUGAGCUGGAUGGAGAGAUGGUCACCCUACCACCUGUAUAGCUCCCAAAAUUCAAAGACUGCAUGCCUGUAACUGGUUAUGAAAAUUCCUUAUAAAAGAAUAGGGCUGGAAACUGCAACAUUAAGGCUGUCGUAUGUAUGCCCUAUUUAAAGUUUGUGGCCAUGGAACAUAAAUCAGUGAAACUUACAAGCGGAUAUGCUUCCAUAAUCUGAAACAAUCCCUCUGAUAGUUGAUGGGGAUUUCUAUGUAUAUUGCAAGCUUAAAGCAUCUGCUUACUGUCUAAAUUUUUAGUCCUGUGAAGACUUUUAGUUCAGGAAACUUUCACAAAAGCAGCUUCUGUUUCUAGGAUGGUAUGUCAAUUGCUCUGAAAGUAUCUUCCAGUUUAUAUUUGAGUGAGUUCUGGAAAUCUUUGUAUGUGCUAGUUCUAGAUUCUGUGUGGCCUAAUGGAAUGUGCUGCACUUAAUAUACAACAGCCGUGGUGGUAUAUUAAUGCCAUGUAAAAGAAGAAACAAAUCCCAUGGAUCUACCUGUGGUAGGAAGGGUAGAUCUUCCAUUUUACGGUGACAUGCAGGGCAAAAUGACUGCAGGCUCAGUCAAGCUGUAUUAUGAUUAUUAUUAUUAUUAUUAUUUAGGUGCAUGUAUUUUCACUAACUUAUACCUGUCUAUUUAGAAUACAGGUCUUCUGAGCAGCUGGUUGUUUACCAGGUGUGAACUUACGUUGCUGGGCUUGCAAUAAGAAUUGCCAGCCCCUACUAGUGCGGGUCUGUGUGGAGCUUUUCGUCAGUAAAUAGCUCCACAUUCUGUAUUUCAGAAACAUUGGCUCAUGCAUAUUACUUCCUGCUGCUUAUGUUCCCCCUGCUCCAGUGUAAACAAAGAUGUAGUGUGGAUUAACCAGGUCUUUAUUUUUGUUAAUUUAAUAACAAGCAUUACUGUAGUGUGACUGUGUAUAGAUAUCCCUUAGUUGUCAUGUUUUGUUUUUGUGGGGGGAGCAAAUUGUUCAGGAAUACUCUGUACCCUCAGUGCAGGAGAGCAGUUGACCAGUGCUGCUCUGGCAUUAAUCCCAGGAACCACUAGCAGUAGCGGGGCGCCGCCAAUCUGACAUGAGCACAGGUGCUUCAUGAUCGAUCGUACUAGCAUGUUCAGCUGCAUCAUGUUCUGGCACUGUAUUUUGAAUGAUAUUAAUUUAUUAAAAAACUGAAUCAAA